UUUCUAGCCCGGGAUUAUAGACAGCCAAGAAAACCACUUUGCCCAAAUCCAAGAUGUCUUUAAAAAAAAAAGACCAAUUCAGGGUCACAUGACUGGACUACAUGGACGGAUUGUGCCGAACGCGAAGUGUGCUGUCUUGGCCUCCUCUGCGCGCCGUAGCAUGACGUGUGUGUGACUCUUCAGCACCACAGACAUGUCUGCCGACUGGGAAGAGAUCCGGCGGCUUGCGGCCGACUUCCAGAGAGCCCAGCUCAGCGAUAGCGUGCAGAGGUUAUCGGAGCGUAACUGCAUUGAGAUAGUUUCCAAGCUCAUUGCUGAGAGACAGUUGGAUGUAGUGCACACUCUUGAUGGGAAAGAGUACAUUACACCAUCACAAAUCUCCAAGGAGAUCAGGGAUGAGCUUCAUGUCCACGGAGGGAGGGUGAAUAUAGUUGACCUUCAACAGAUUGUCAACGUCGACCUGACUCACAUUGAAAGUAGAGCCAAUGAACUGGUGAGAGUCGAUAAGAGUGUUCAGCUGGUGCUCGGACAGCUUGUGGAUAACAACUAUCUGGACCAGAUUGCUGAAGAAGUUAAUGAUAAAUUGCAGGAAGCCGGCCAAGUGACUAUAUCAGAACUGUGCAAGACAUACGACCUUCCUGGAGACUUCCUGACAGAGUCAUUGGCACUAAGACUUGGAAGCAUUAUUCAUGGGGAGAUUGAUCAGAACAACAAGGGUGUCAUUUAUACUGAGGCGUUUGUAGCCCGCCAUAGGGCACGCAUCCGAGGACUUUUCACAGCAAUUACGAGACCCAUACCGGUAAUUGGUUUGAUUUCUCAGUAUGGUUUUCCUGAGCAUCUUCUGUACUCACUGUUGGAGGAACUUGUUAACCGUGGACGUUUAAAGGGCACAGUGGUCGGCGGAAGACAGGAUAAGGCUGUGUUUAUUCCUGACAUCUACGCCAGAACACAGAGCAACUGGAUAGACGCCUUUCUCAAGCAAAACGGUUACCUAGAAUAUGAUUCCUUAUCAAGGCUGGGGAUCCCAGACCCAAUCGGAUAUAUCAGAAAAAAAUACAAGUCCGCCCCAUUGAUUUAUUUGAAGUCUGUUUGUGUUGGUCAGAGUAUAGUGGAUCAGGUGGAAGCUUCAGUUGAAGAAGCUAUAAGCUCAGGAUCAUGGCUGGAUAUUGAGCCUCUGUUGCCGAGCUGUUUCUCUGUGGAAGAUGCCUCCAUCUUGCUUCAGCAAGUUAUGAGAACAUUAAAUAAAAAUUCUUCUGCUCGAAUCUUUGGAGACAACGUUGUCGUCAGUGAAAAGUUUAUAAAUGAAUGCACCGGUAUCUUUAAUGAUCUCAUGCAACACAAAGCUGAGAAGGAAAUGAAGCACAACCCUGUAUUUCUGGUAACAGAAGAAGAUCUUAAGCAAGCCUCUUUGUUGGAGAACGCACUAGGCAGGAAGGAGAAAAAGGAUGAGAGGAAGAAGAAGGCCACAGAAGGCAGCGGAAGCACCAGAGGAGGCGGUGGCAGCAAUGCCAGAGAGAUAAAGAUAAAAAAGACAAAGAAAAAAUCAAGGAAAGAUGAAGACAGCGACGAUGAGUCACAGACUGCUAGCACGAAUAAACCAAGGGUACGAGAGGUCCCAUUUAUGUCCCUGGAAGAAAUUCAAGAUGUUUUAAGAAAACACGAUCCAGAUGCUCCAGAUGAGUUGGUCAUUGAGCUCUCUGAAAACUUAAUCAGACCCCUUACUAAAAAUUACCAAGAGGUGGUGCGGUCUGUUUUCAUGUCGUCCACAUCAUCCUCAUCCGGAGCCAGCAGGAAGCAGACUAUGAAAGACUUCCAAGAAGAAGUGUCCGCCCUUUAUAACAAUAUUCGGCUGUUUGAAAAGGGGAUAAAAAGUUUUACAGAUGAAACUCAAAGUAAUCUUGCCAAGCAUUUGCUGAAGACCGUGUGUACAGAUAUUACCAAUCUCAUCUUCAAUUUCCUGGCUGGCGAUAUAAUGAUGGCAGUGGAAGACUAUUCAGCAAUUACCAGUGAGGUAAGGAAAAAGAUGUUGAAUAAGUUCCAGGAGGAAGCAAAAGCCCCUCUGUCAAAGCUGAUCAGUUCAUUGGCUGGGAAGAGUAUAGAAGAAUUUCUUUCCUGCCUGGAUGCAGCAGCCGAUGCAUGUAGCAUUUUAGUUAAAAAAGGUGAUAAGAAGAAAGAGAGGCAAGUUUUGUUUCAGCACAGGCAAGCCCUUAUAGAGCAGCUUAAAGUCACAGAAGAUGCAGCGCUGGUACUGCAUCUGACGUCCGUUCUAUUGUUUCAGUUGACUACACAUUGUAUGCUUCAUGCGCCAGGAAGAUGUGUCCCACAGAUCAUUUCAUUCCUAAGCACAAAGAUCCCUGAGGAACAGUACAGCUUGUUGGUUAAGUACCAAAGCCUUGUGGUGAAACAGUUAAUAGGUCAGACAAAGCAGAAGGAUGGUGAUGAUGUAGACAUGACUGGAGAUGUAGCGGAUGAAUCUGGAAAAGCUUCAGAUAGUAUUAGAAAAGAACUUCAAGACCUGUCUGCUGCAAUCAAAGAUCUUGUUCUUCGACCCAGAAAGUCCUCAGCAUCAGAAGAGUAACCAGACUGAUUGAAUCAUUUUUAGAUCUAAAAGCUUUAUUUCUGCUAAGCUCCAAUGAACACUUAUCAGGUGGUUUUAAUGACAGCAAAUGGGAAUCUAAAGAAAUAAAUGCUAUGAUGGGAAAAAUCUACCUGUAAUUAAAUACAACAAUAAGAAUAUAUGCCACCCUCUUUGCAGAGCGGGUCUGUGCAGUUUUGUAUGUUCAAGGAAACAUUACAAAAUCGUUUUAACAAAUGCUCCAGCAAGAAAUUAACCCCUUAAUAGUUUUGCCAGUACUAUGCUUGGGCUUUGAGAAAUGAUACUAACAGUUCCUCAGAGCUCAGGCAGUAGGGGUGGGGGGGGCUAAU